AUGGUGUUGAACGUCAAUCAGUCAACUCUGUUUCUCCUGGUGCGGUUGAACGUCAGUCAGCCAACUCUGUUUCUCCUGGCGCGGUUGAACGUCAAUCAGUCAACUCUGUUUCUCCUGGUGCGGUUGAACGUCAAUCAGUCAACUCUGUUUCUCCUGGUGCGGUUGAACGUCAACCUGUCAACUCUGUUUCUCUUGGUGUGGUUGAACGUCAAUAAGUCAACUCUGUUUCUCCCGGUGCGGUUGAACGUCAGUCAGUCAACUCUGUUUCUCCUGGUGCGGUUGAACGUCAAUCAGUCAACUCUGUUUCUCCUG